GUAUGCCGUCACGUGACCAGCCAUGUGACCAUUCGUGAUAGUCAUAUUGGAGAAGCAAAUAUGUCGAGUGACAGGAUCAACGUUUUCCCUUCUAGGAUGGCCUUGACCAUCAUGAAGGCAAGACUAAAGGGAGCACAGAAGGGCCACAGCUUGCUGAAAAAGAAGGCAGAUGCAUUGACAUUAAGAUUCAGGAUGAUUCUCAAGAAAAUCAUUGAGACAAAAGUACGAAUGGGAGAAGUGAUGAGAGAGGCAGCAUUUUCACUCGCAGAGGCAAAGUUUACAUCUGGUGAUUUUGGACAUAUUGUUCUACAGAACGUCAACAAAGCCCAGCUGAAAGUCCGAUCAAAAAAAGAAAAUGUAGCAGGUGUCCAGCUGCCAGUGUUUGAACACUACCAAGAUGGCGCAGACAGUUAUGAGCUGACAGGUCUAUCAAGGGGUGGACAGCAAAUUGAUAGACUGAAGAAAAACUACGCCACAGCAAUCAAACUACUGGUAGAGCUGGCUUCACUACAGACGUCAUUCGUGACCUUGGACGAGGUCAUCAAAAUCACAAACAGAAGAGUGAAUGCUAUUGAGCAUGUAAUUAUUCCCCGUAUCGAGCGAACUCUAUCUUACAUCACCACAGAACUGGACGAGAGGGAGAGAGAGGAGUUUUACAGGUUAAAGAAGAUCCAGGAGAAAAAGAAGAAAAUGAGAGCCGCUGCUGACGAGAGACUGAAGAAACGGAUAAAUGCUGGUGAAGUGAGCGAGAACACAGCAAAUCUACUGGACGAAGGUCGAGAUGAAGAUCUACUGUUUACCGACUGACACUAGGAUCAUCAUAUUGUACAUACAGAAUACUAGUCCAAUUGUCUGCCGGGCCCUAUAGUCUUAGUUGGUAUAGUCUCACAGGGAUACUACUGGGGCACCAGUCUAACCCGGGGAAUCUGUUUACACCAGGCUAACCCGGGGAAUCUGUUUACACAUCAUUGUGUCAGAGCUUACAGAUGACUUGUCUGGUUUAUAUCACCAACUUUUUCAAUUAUUAAAAUAUUAUUUUCAUUUACUGGUUAAGUUUUGAGAGGAUUUACUGUGGGCGUCUGUUCAUUGAUGCAUGAUAGAUAUAAUUUAGUUUUAAGCUUGUACAACAUUAAAUGUCUAAAAAUCAUUUUGACUGUUGAGUAAAAUUUACUCAUCAUUAAUUAGCAUAUCGUCUGAUAAGUGGAUGGUUUGAACAGAUUAAGAUGAAACUUAUUCCACAUUCAUACCUGAGCUAUACAAAUUUUUAUUGAUAAGACAAAUGCUCAUUAAAAUUUGAGUGAAAUCCACAUGUACCAUAGUUAUGCAGAGUGAAAUAUAUGUUGUGCAUUUAGACCCUUCGAUAUAUUCAGAUAUUUAUAAUGCACUAUAUGGAUGAAUUUUUAGUUGUGUAUGUCUAAUUAUAAUGAUUCCAGCAAAGUCCUGUCUCAAAGUUUUCAUUGAAAUAUUUAUCAUGUAUAAAAUCCUAAUAAAUAUGCUGACCCAGAGGCCUGUUCCAAGUCUGUGGCAGGGUGACCCCCUGUUGGACAGAUUUGUUACCGUUCUUGAUAAAGAAAAACAUUUUGAGUGUUGAUGUGAUGUGGCAAAUAUUGGGAAAUGAAAGAAAAAAAUGUACAUUGUAUGUUUCUGAAUUGGGAUGACAAAAAUAUUAUUUUUUCACAUGUGAAGAAAAUUAUGAGUUUUUCCCCCUUUUGAUUCUCAUGUUAUUAGCCGGUAUAUCCUACAUUUGUAAUACUUACCUUCAGUCAUUCCAAAACUUGAGAGUACCGGGUAUUUCACUGUUUAAGGGAUGUAAAUAUAUUUCCUUAGUGUAAGGAUGGAUGCUAUUGAAGAGGUUGUAAUUGAAGUGUGUGAUCAGAAUGUGUUGAUCUUUUUUCUUCCUUUAACAAGAUCCAGUCUUUAAACCCAUGUGACUAUGACCCUGUAUAAAGGACGACAUUGUACGGGUCUUAUCAACUUUUUCUCAACAUGGAUUCCAAACAAGUGUUCAUAUUUUGGAAGCAUGUCUGACAUGACUUAACCCUGGCCAAAUAUUUCACUGAAAAUCUUUCUAGAGAUGAUUGUGAUCUUUUACCCAAGAAUUCUCAAACAGAUACUUCUUUUACUGAAAGUAAAUAUGUUACUAUAGACUAUUAUUAUAAAAACAACAAAAAGUUUUCAUGUUGAGAAAAUAUAAGUUAAAAAGUAAAAUCUUUUACAUGUAGUUUUAUUUUAUCUGUAUAUAAGGAAUAAAACUGGUGCAGUUUGUUAACAUUUUUCCCAGGCUAGGGGAGGUAAUUGAAGCCUAACACUUCAGCAAAAUCUCUGUUCGUAUAAUUAUUAUCACUUCAAAUAUAUUUUAUGAAAGUGUAACCAAUAUAGUUAAUUGUGAGAUAUUGAAUCAAUUCAGCAUCAUUGUUUAAAGGUGUAUAACUAGGUAUUAAAUAAUUUGUUGAUUUUAUAAAUGCAUUAUGUGUAGAAGUUAUGUAAUCAGUUUGGACAAUUGAUGAAGGUUAUAUAUGAUGUAUACAUUGUAUUUAAACAAGUAAAGAACACCUUGUUUUCGAUUUGUCUGUUCAGCCUUGCACACCUUGUUUUCGAUUUGUCUGUUCAGCCUUGCACACCUUGUGUCAUCGAGAUAAAGAGCAUACCAUGCCCUAGACUGAAUUCGUCAAAAACAAAACACAUACAGGAUAUUGCAUGUUCACCAUUUUUCAAAUCGGUCUUAAAAUACCCAGUUAUCUCAAAGAUCCAUCUAGUACUUUUCCAGAAAUAGUAAUAACCAGAAUUGUUCCCAGUAAGACAGAUGGACGAAAUAUGGACAAAAAGCCAUUGGAACAAUAAACAUACCACCAUCUGAAAUGCUGGGUCAGUAUAGGCAGGCCAAUGUUUCCAUCUCGAGCUUUUCUGUCGAGUGAUCUCAAAAACAGAACAAGAAUAUUGAUUUUCUCAAAUAACAAAAGAUUUAAUGUACAAGUAUUUUAACCCAAGUCUUUAACACACCAUGAAUGUACAGACACUUCGAAAAACAGCUGUGAAGUCAGAAGCCCACAAGGUUUUCUAAUAGGAACAGACAAGAAAAAGAGAUUUUCUGUAUAACCAAAUUUAUUGAUCAAGAAAAUGGUGAAUUAUACAUUGAAAAACAUAACAUCUUAAUAAAGUUAUAAUUUGUACUUAGAAAGAAAAUGUCUGACCAAAAACUGCAGGUCAGUCAAAGCGACAUUUCUACAUAUCUCCUCUAAAUCUUAAUAUGUGAUCUCGAUAUAUCGGCAUUUAGAAAUAAAUCUGAAUUCCGCGGAAAUUAAAAUGAAUGCCCAUCACUUAAACAUACAGAAGAUUUAGAAAGGAAGAAUUACAAAAUUGUGGCAAACGGGCCUGCCUGAUUUGUAUAGUUCACUGGUUUAACAUAUACUGUAUAUAUCGCUGGCACAACCUAUGAACUGGACAUUUGUCCAAUGAUUCAAUCGAGCCAACCCUAUAAGCCUGCUGGUAUUUGCUAUCUCUCUCUUCAUAUCAUGAUAAUUUGCUUUAUACCGUGUGCAUUUUUUCUGGAUUUCAAUCAAUGAUAAAAAAUUAUUUUUAUAGAUAAUAUUAAGGGUGUUACUUAUUUCAACGAAAUUUGAAAUAUGGAGAAAUGUCACUUGUUCCUAUCUGAAGACUGGUGUAGUUCCUUAGGGAUUGUGUCGUAAUAUACCAACUUUUAAUUCACAAUAUUGUGACACAACUUUGAAGACAUUUAAAUGCUUGUGACUCACCACAAUUCAAUAUACAUGUUAUGUCAGUAUGUUAGUUCUGUACAUUGUCCAGAAAGUGUCCUGAUCAAGCCGUAAGAUGUUUUUGUCUGCACAGUUAAUAUCAAUCACACGGACAAAAAAUCCAAUACAGAUAGUCAAACCCUUCUGGGCUAUUCCAGAAACUGAAGUAAAUUAACGUUUCCAGAAAGUGAAGUAAAUUAACGUAUCAACUUUUGACUGUUAAUUAUAUAAUAAACCAUCAACAAUAAACAGAAAUUGAUUAAAUCUCCAACCUGUCUCUAGGUGAAUCUUACCCUCAAGGUCAUCUACUUAUUUUAAUGAUGUGAAGAUAGAGAAUGCACUUUUAUGACAAAAACACUCGUUACAUUAUCAAGGAAUGUGCUUUUUAUCUGCCAUCUGAGUAUUAUUAGCGAAGAAAGCAUGCUGAACAAAGUCGAGAACAACAGUAGCUGUGAUUAGACACAAUUCAGCAUAAAUCAUUUAAAAAACCCAAAAUGAAUGUUAACGAUGAAAAUGUAAUGACAGCAGAGUACACUAAUGAUAUGAGAAAAUUGAUUUAAUUUUAAAUGCUUUCACAAAACCUGUCGCUACUGUUCUAUUAGGUUGUAAAUUAUCUAACCAGCUACAUGAAUUACAGUUAAUCUAGUUAAACACUUCACCCCAAAAUUAACUAAACAAAAUACAUGUAUCACUUCAUCUACGAAACAUUAUAAUCUUAAAAAUCACUGUACACAUUUCCAAGACAUUAUUUUUGGUAUAAGCUGUCCACAAUAUUAUGUAGACAAAGUCAGGCUGACGUAGACCAAAAGCCCAAAUCAGUGUCCAAUGUAGACUCGAUCAUAGUCCAACAUAGACUCCAUCAUUGUCCAACAUAGACCCAAUCAUAGUCCAACGUAGACCAAGUUAGUGUCCAAUGUAGACCCGAUCAUAGUCCAACAUAGACCCAAUCAUAGUCCAACGUAGACCCAAUCAUAGUCCAACGUAGACCAAGUUAGUGUCCAAUGUAGACCUGAUCAUAGUCCAACAUAGACCCAAUCAGAGUCCAACGUAGACCAAGUUGGUGUCCAAUGUAGACCCAAUCAUAGUCCAACGUAGACCCAAUCAUAGUCCAACGUAGACCAAGUUAGUGUCCAAUGUAGACCCGAUCAUAGUCCAACAUAGACCCAAUCAUAGUCCAACGUAGACCCAAUCAUAGUCCAACGUAGACCAAGUUAGUGUCCAAUGUAGACCUGAUCAUAGUCCAACAUAGACCCAAUCAGAGUCCAACGUAGACCAAGUCAGUGUCUGACGUAGACCAAAUCAGUGUCCAAUGUAGACCCGAUCAUAGUCCAACAUAGACCCAAUCAUAGUCCAACGUAGACCAAGUCAGUGUCUGACGUAGACCAAAUCAGUGUCCAAUGUAGACUCGAUCAUAGUCCAACAUAGACUCCAUCAUAGUCCAACAUAGACCCAAUCAUAGUCCAACGUAGACCAAGUUAGUGUCCAAUGUAGACCCGAUCAUAGUCCAACAUAGACCCAAUCAUAGUCCAACGUAGACCAAGUUAGUGUCCAAUGUAGACCCGAUCAUAGUCCAACAUAGACCCAAUCAUAGUCCAACGUAGACCAAGUCAGUGUCUGACGUAGACCAAAUCAGUGUCCAAUGUAGACCCGAUCAUAGUCCGACAUAGACCUAAUCAGAGUCCAACAUAGACCAAGUUAGUGUCCAAUGUAGACCCGAUCAUAGUCCAACAUAGACCCAAUCAUAGUCCAACGUAGACCAAGUCAGUGUCUGACGUAGACCAAAUCAGUGUCCAAUGUAGACCCGAUCAUAGUCCGACGUAGACCCAAUCAGAGUCCAACGUAGACCAAGUUGGUGUCCAAUGUAGACCCAAUCAUAGUCUGACCUAGACCAAGUCAGAGUCCAAUGUAGACCAAGUCAGUGUCAAAUGUAAACCCGAUCAUAGUCCGACGUAGACCCAAUCAGAGUCCAACGUCGACCAAGUCAGAGUCCAACGUAGACCAAGUCACAGUCCAACGUAGACCAAGUCACAGUCCAACGUAGACCAAGUCAGAGUCCAACGUAGACCCAAUCAUUGUCCAACGUAGACCCAAUCAUUGUCCAACAUGGACCAAGUCAGAGUCUGACGUAGACCAAGUCGAUGUGUAAGUUUUCUAAAUAUAAACUAGAAAAUAUCCUUAAAACACAAGACCACAUUUUUUUAUAAAUUUUUGUUUAGGUAUCUUUACAUGAUUCUAGAUAUAAACAGUAAGUGACCUUGACCUCCACGUUUGUUCCUGAAGUAAGUUUUUAUCAGUUGCUGCAUACAUAACUUACAUAUCAGAUUCUUUUGUAAAUAGUCCUGUAAAUAAUUGUGACAUAACUUGGUGCUCCUUAGAAUACAAAGUAUGUAGCUUCUGGAACAGUUGUGUGUUAAAUAUCAACGGGGUAGGAUUCUGUUUAUCACAUCACAGAGACACAUCAAUAAUACAAAAUUACACGUUUGAAAACAUGAAUUUCUGAGCACAAGUAUAACGUAAACUUGUAUAUAUCAUUAUGUGGAUGUAUAUAAAAUGUGAAUAUAAUAUAUACUCUAUAUGUAUUAUGAUAAUUUCUUUGUGGAUAAUAUGAACACAAUGUUUCAGUAACAUCAUUAUAAACAGGCCAGUUACAAUCUUUGUUAACAUUGAACUUCAUCAAGGACUCGGUGGUUAAGAUCACCAAUACUGUCUGACCUCUGUAACAACAAAUGCUAAUACAAAAAACGUAUUUAAAAACAAUUCAAAAUUGUGAUUAAAAUCAAUCAUUUAAAAAUUGCCCAAUUAAAAACAAUUUUAACAAGUUUAUUCUUCGAAAUGUCUUCAACUUUCCCAUUUUUUGGCCAAAACUUAUUCCAGACAAUACGUAGACAUUUUAUAAUUUACAAUUCACUGAUGAACAAAAUAAUAAUACUGUGGAUAGAAAACUUGAAAAUACAAGCUAAAAAUCUUUAAACUUAAAUCAUGCAUAUGUGCUUAUCUGCUGCUUAUUUUGUAUAUGUACCACGGUUAUUGAUGAGCAUGUCCCAGAUCACAUGGUCAGAUAAGCAGAAUAGUGUACUAGAACUGGUUAUCAAAACAUGAUCUUGUAUUUUGUAGAUCCCGGGUCCUUGAAAAUGUGGACUGCACUCUGUCAUCAAAAGUCACUAAAAAUUCAAACUCACUUCUACCCACACACAUACACACGCACACACACUUUCCAUUCCAUACAAGGGUCUCAUCUUCCAAUAAAUAACAUGGUAAUCUAUGGGAAAUUCAUGAAUUAUCUAAUUAAUACAUUUCCCAAAAUUAAUAGAGAUUUUAUUAGUUGUAACACUUUUAUAGUGACAGCACAACCAAUUUAUACAGUACAUCAUGUCCAAACUAGACGAAAUUUGGAUCCAAUUGUAAGUAGACUUAACAGUCUUUGCAUUAUCUGGUCCAACUCUGUAGUCUAAGGUGUGUACUGUAAUAUCCAUAUUAGUAAAUGUAUCACAAUUUGUCAUUUUUAUCAACCGGUAAAAAGGUGUUACAACAUUCCUUUUGUAAAAUCAUAAAAAGAUUUACCCUUACAAUUGACUUAAAAGUAAUGUUACAAUCUUCAAAUUUAGUAAGAAUUUUGGUGUUGAAAUAAAACAACUGUAUGUAUGUUUGCCCAAAUUGAGGCCUACCGUAAUCAAAUUAUUAGGCUUUCCUCAGAAAACAGAAGAAGCUUGAAUAUUUUUCUUGGGACGUGGAAAUCUUUUGUAAUGUAAAUAACGAUAUUCAUUUGAAGUGCUCUGCAGAUUAUCUUUAGCAACAUUCUUGCACAUUUCACUAGGCAAGCUCAAAUCAAGUGUGCUUGUUUUUCUACAAAAGGCAAUAACAUAACAGCUUAGAAAAGCAUAAAUUGUGCCAAAUUGUGAAGAUGAUAAUGCUUCAACAAAAAUUUAAAAUCAUCCUCUCUCAGCCAAUAACUGUAUCUGCUACAAAAGAGAGUGAAUGAUAGCAAAAUCAAUUAUUCAGUUCUCAUGAUCAUCCGUCAUAAGUUCAAACUCCAUAUUUUAUUUGAGAAGCCCAUCCCCUUCCUCAAAAGUUUAUAUCAGGUAAUCAGGGUCAGACUCGAGAAGAAGUUCAGUUGUCAUGCCAAAUAAAUUUAAACGAAAGUAGUUUUAUAUUUAAUUGAUGCGUAGUAAAACAUUUAUUUAUCAAGAGGAGAUAAAUCACAAAAAAAAUUUCCUCCUAAAUUUCAUGCAUUACUUUACUAUGUGAUAACUUAAUAUCUUGACACAAUAUUAUCCCAGUGAUUCCAGGGAGCUGCUUGACCUAUUGAGAUGUCAUUUGUCUGUCACAAAUUAUUCAGUGUUGAUGCUCAGCCCCACAGACAUCACAAUUAGGUAUUUGUCUUUUUCUAUUUUCCAAGCCAUAGUUUAGUCACCACAAACUGUAGAAUGUACACAGUGAUUCUCAUUGGUCCCUCAAUGUCACAUGGUCCAUGCUUUAUAUCCGACCUAUUCGCCCCAGCCAGUAUGAUCAUGCACGCAACAUC